AUGGCCUCGCGCAGGUCCCUGGGUGGCGGCCGCGUGCUGGGGAGCGGGAGAAAUCUGUCGCCCGCUGCUGCAUCGCCGCAGUCCGCAGCCAUCCACCGCCGCAAUGCGAGCCUCCUCUCGCCCUCGGAAAGCUCCGUGUCGCUGAGCUCGCAGACGUCAAACAGUCCGGCAAGCACUUCGGAGACGAGGGAGGACAUCACCAGUAGAGUCUUGAUUGGCCCGAAUGAUAAUGCCGCCGCGCGUGCUUCCAACCGGCUCGUGUGUCCGAUAUGCAAUGAGGAAAUGGUGACCCUUCUACAACUGAACCGGCAUCUCGACGACAACCACCAAAACCUGGUUGUAGAGGAGCAGGAUGAAGUCAAGAACUGGUUCGAGGCGCAGAUGCACAAGGCGAAGAGCUUCCAGCCACUCGCCGUCCUGAACCAGAAGCUCAAAGGUCUCGACGUCUUCGAAUCAAACGAUGCUCCCAAACCGCCCCAACCAUCCCACUCGGCCAGCAGUUCGACUGCUUACGUCACCCACGAUCCUGCUCCCGUCCGCAGAGACCCAGAGGAGGAAGUCACACGAGCGCAUUGGCAGAGGCUUGGAUACCGCGAUGCAGUGUGGAAGGCUGUUUUGCGAGGAACACACCAUGUAUCAAAUGAAGCUGUCACGCCAGGCGAAGCACGAGCCCACGGCUACAACGAUCAUCACGGAGUCGAGCGCGACCACUUUGACGAAUUCGCCAACAUCAGACGGAAACGGGUCGACAGGGAACGAAUGGAAGUUAGCAGACUGGAGAAGCGCCUUACCAAGUUGACGCAGCUUCUCGCAAACCCUCCACCAGUAGAAGAGACUCCGAUGGCAGGGAGUUGGUUCUCGCUGCCUGGGCAUAAAAACCAUCGCAAAGCGCUAGAACAAUCCAUCAUCACAUGGGAAGAAGAUGCGAGCGUCUCCAACUGCCCCUUUUGCCAGCAGGAAUUCUCCACCUAUACUUUCAGAAGAUCUCACUGUCGCAUGUGCGGCCGCGUUGUGUGCAGCGACCCCAAGACCGAGUGCUCCAAGGAAAUUGGUCUAAACGUUGCUGCGGACUCACAAGAUACGGAAAAGGGCGCAGGGCAGCUCAACAUUGAUGUACGCAUGUGUAAAGACUGUCAGCAUACCUUGUUCGCUAGAAGCGACUUUGAGCGCGAGCUAGCCGACAAGCCCAAAGAUCAACGCGCAUACGAGAACCUUGCGCAGUUCGAAAGAGGCAUCCGCUUGCUGCUUCCUCGAUUCCACAAACUCCUCCAAGCCCUCCAAGACCCUGACAAGUCGCCUACACCGCAGCAACUCACAGACGCCACAAAAGUACGCAAGCGACUCAUGGAUGGGUUUGCCCAGUUCGAUGUUGCUGCGAAACGAAUACGAGAUCUUCCCACAGAUUCGCCGACACAGCAGAAGCUACAAAGGGCCGUUUACCAACAAGCUUACAGCUUUUUGAACCUACACAUGCUUCCAUUGCGGUCACUGCCAAAGAUUUUGAAGCAUGCAGCGCCCCAGGGACGGCCCAGCGGGGGCAGUGCUCUGGCCUCUAUCAAAUACAAUAAUCAUUCCACCGGCAGCGUCGUGAGUAGUAGUGAAGUUUCCGCAAUGGAGUCGGAGGAGAAGGAGCUCAGAGAACGAUUGAUCGUACUCGAGGAACAAAAGUUCAUGGUUUCGGAAAUGGUCGCCGAUGCAACCAGACACAGACGAUUUGAUGAGGUGUCCAGCUUGGCACAGAACCUGGAGGAUUUGAACAAGGAAAUUGACCAAAUCAACGGGCAAUUGGGACAACUUGACUUCGCCAGCGCAUACCGAGGAGGUUUGGACAGCCCGCAACCUGGAUGA